AUGGAACGUUUAAAUGCUAUGUUUGGAGCAUCUAGGGGCUUUGAUAAAGCACUUAUGAUAUCCAAACUUCCUGAUGGCAUUAGGGAAUCUCCAACUCACAAAGAUCUAUUUAUGGUACACUCCAACUCUUCUAAUUAUCGCUUAGUUGACAUGUCUGUUUGCAAGUGUAGUUGUCCUAACGAAAAAAUUUGCUCUCAUAUCAUAUCCAUACUGAUUCGUUACUGUAAUACCCGGAGGAAUUAUACAAUCAGACUAUUAGCACUUAAAGAAUUGGAUAGAAUAAAAAGCUACUCAAAUACAAAACAAUUGGAUGAGGCUUUGUACAAUUUGCAUAGGGUGUUCGAUACAUUAUCGUCAAAACGUGAAAUUAUAGAAUCCACAACUUCGCUAAUUACCGGACUUUACCACAGAUUUUUAACCAGAUUUGCCACAUUUAAGCACACAAAUAAUUCAAUUGAUUGCCCUGAGCAAACGAUUCAAUCCGUGAAAAGUAAAAUGUUACACAAGAGUACCCAAUGCCAAUCCGUUAAUAAAUCAUACCAGCUUGGUUACUUAGCAUCGCUCGAUCAUCAAAGUCAAGAGAUUUCAGGUUUUAAUACCGAAUUGAUCACGAAUAUAAGAUCAUAUAGUAAUCAUAAUAGUGAUUCCCAAAUAGACCAACUGGAAUUUAACAAAGCCUGCAUGAUAUACUCAAAGCUAUCUUCGUCAAAAUACAUAUCCAUCAAUCCAAAAGGUAUAGCAUCGAACUGUGCGAUGGAUUCUAAACAAUUGGUGAAUAUCAUAAAAAUGAUUCCGCCUUUAACUGAACUUAGUAGUGCCACAAACUGGAAAUUGAACUUUUAUCCAUCAUUUGGCCCCUUACUAGAAUUUGUAACCACUCAUAUAGAUGAGUAUUACCUAGUAACAUCACACAACACAAUUUACCCCCUAAAAAUAUCGCACAAUAAUUGCCAUUCAUUACUCAAAAUGAUUGAUAGAAACUUGCCAAUUGAGCAAUUGGCAUCAACUGUGUUAUAUCUACUGUAUAAUGAUCAGAUUGGUCCAUGUAUAGAACAUUUACAGCAUGUAUUCAUGAAUUUCACGCUAGAUACACUGUUGAGCUUUAUAGCUAUAGUUCCAAGCGAGUUAAUAAGCACAAUUUAUGAUCAUUUUCUGGGUAACAUUUUGCGCAACCGCAAUUUAAUAUUGGAUAAUAUUAGGUUUGACAGGAAUUUGGUGAUAAACCUAUACACAGCCCACAAUAUGGGCUACCUAGCAAGCCUGCCUCAUGGAAUAGUAAAACAUGACAUAAGCAAUGAAACAAAAUCUGUCAAUGAUAUUAUUCAUAAACUUGAAAAGAGCGUAUCUGCCAGUACCCUAUCCAUAGAAUGCAUCAAACCAAAUGAGCCAAUAACGCCUAAGCACAAUGCAGAUUUAAACACUUCAGUAAAUAGUUGCACAGGUGAUAAUAUCAUCAUAGAUGCAAAAGAUGCUAGAUCACACAUCGAAUAUAUUAGGCGUGAUAAAUACGGGAUAGGUGCUGACCAAUGUAAAAAUGAUUACACGAUAAAGCAGAAUGAUAGAUUGUCACGCAUUUUAGAUAAGUUAUCUACUAACUUGUACUCUAGUACUAAUCAUAUCCUAUACGAACUGAUACAAAACGCAGAUGAUAAUUGUUACUCCAAUGAUAUUAUCCCUGAAUUAGUCAUCGUCCAAACUGAAGGCAGUGUUACAUUAUUUAAUAAUGAAAUUGGAUUUUCAAAAACGGAUGUUGAAGCAAUUUGCGAUUUGGCGAAUUCUAGUAAAAUUUACAGAAGUCUUUGCACCGGAAAAUUUGGAAUUGGAUUUAGGUCGGUGUUUACCAUAACAAAUGAACCACACAUUUUUUCAAAUGGUUAUCAAUUUAAAUUUACUUCCAAUGGCAUUGGAAAGUUGAUUCCACAGUGGAUUGACAAUUUGGAUUUAUUGAAUGGAAUAUCAAAAUCAACAAAAAUAGACACUAGAUGUUAUAAUACAAUAAUAUACUUGCCACUAAUCACACCAGUACAAUUUGACAUAACUUACAAUUUGAUAUUGCAUUUGAGGAAGUUAAGAAGGUUGUAUUUUAUACAAAUAACAGCAGAUGGUAUUAGAAGUGAAAUUAACUUAAAGGCCACAAAUGAAUCGAUUACAGAUACUCCACUUUUCAUUAAAAAAAUAUUUUAUAAUGAUAAAGACUUCAAGUAUAUCCAAUACAUCGACACAAGCUCAAAUAUACAACUAACUUUCCCUAUUGAUAAUAUUGGACAAUUUGUCUACUCUACACUUCCUGUUGGCAAUUUUGGAUUGAAUUUUGCAAUAAAUUCCAAUUUCAACCUUACUUUGGAUAGGUCAAAUUUACUAGAUGAUCAGCACAACCGAACAAUAGUUGAGCGGAUCCCUAUAAUAUUCUUAAAUGCACUAGAUGGGGCUAAAAAGUUAGAUAGAAAAAUAUAUUAUUCCAUACUAUCAACUUUUGCUAGAAAUGCAAUGGGACUCUUUUCAGUGUUAAAUUCUAGAUUCAAUGAAUUGCUUAACCAAUCGGAUAUAAUACCAACGGAUGUUUGUGAUUAUGUAAAGCCAUCAGAAUCGAUAUAUUUAACACAAACUAACGCUAAUGAUUCACAGUUUGGAAUUGUGGAAUAUUGUGUAAAGAAUUUGAUAACCAAAGGCUAUCUGAAAUCAUUUAUUGCCGCUAAUGAUAUUCCUCAUAACUUAGCAAUGAUGUUAAAUUUACCAGUAUGUGAUUUUUGGCGCAUAAUUCAACUAUUCGAACAAUUUAAUAAUGAAAUAGAUCCAAAUGAAGUACAAGAUGCUAUUUGUGUGUUGAAAAUAGUCCAAUUUUUCACCAAUCGCAAUGUAAACAUGAGGAAACAAUUAAUUAAUGUUGUACAGAAAUAUAUAAAAUUCCCGUAUCUGAAAGACGGGAGAAUUGGCUGUGACAUGUGUAAUAGAAUUUACAUAGGGGAUCCAAAAUUUUGUAAAAAUAUAUUUCAAUUACUACAUCCAGAAAUUACACAACAGUUUACAAACGAUUUUCUGUUAGAACUUGGCUUUAACGAUGCCAAAGAUGCUCUAAAGAAUUUUAUAGACUUGGAAGAUGUUGAUUUAUCGCAAGAUUUAAAAUUUGAAAUAUCAGUGGAGUUAAUCAAGUCAAUUGAAAUCACAAAUGGGGUUGUGUUCAAUGAAAAACGUGUUUCCUUUCCAAUAUAUGGAACGUACACAAAUACCAGCUAUAGCGAGACCAUAAGUCUACCCAUUUACAGUUGCGAAAUAGUGCCCAUACAUAAUGAAUUUUAUGAUAUGUUGAUUAGACGUGGUUACAAAUUAUUUAUACCAAAUCAUGAAUAUCAACCACAGCUAUCACAAUUGUUACUAAAUAAUAUUAGUAAUCAUCUAAGACAUUUACUAGAGGGAAUACAAAUGGACACUGAAUUGGCUUUGGAAUAUUUUAAUUUUAUCAAAUAUCUAUUAAAAAAUAUUGAUAAAACAAAUUCAAAUGUAGAUACUGGAUAUUUGUUGGUCCCCCUAGGGAAAUGGACCGUGUCUGACGGUGAAAUGAUGUGGCAUUAUGAGCAUUUGGAAAAAAUAAUUUGUACCAAUUCGAUUAAGUAUUUCACCAAAACACCCCCUGAAAUCAUAAAUAGCCAAUCAAUGCAUCCAAAAACACUGUUAUUGUUAUUGAAGUUUUUACAAAGGGGGGAUACACUAUGUCAAACAUCCCAUAGUAUAAAACAUGACAAUAAUAUAUUAUUGGAAAAUAUUGGUAAUAUGUGGACCAAUAGAUCAAUGAAAUUCGUUUCUAAUGCUUUAUUGGAGGCGUUGGACAGUAUCUACAAUCAAUUAUCAUCCUCUGAAUUGUUUGAUCAUAUAAUAAAAGAAAUAUCUGAAUCAAAUCUGAUUUUUACGAUGUUUCAAAACAAAUUAACCCCUUUUAGUAUUAAUGAGGUGUUUAUAAAUGGAGUUGAUGAUUUGUAUUUACCUAUACAGGCACUAUCCCAAAUUUAUACCGUGGAUAACUCGUUUUGGAAGAGAUUAAAUAUAGAGGAAAGUCCAUCAGUUGACACAUUGAUUGAAUUAUUAAAGUAUAAUUCAUCACUUACAAUCAAAAGUAUAAUAUCUAUAGUGGUUUAUUUGUAUUUGCAUAUGGAUAAAGAUACAUUUGUAACAACAGUUUCAAAUUUAAACAUCAUUCCAGGAUGGCACAAUCAUAUCAGAAACAAAGAAGUUCAAGGUAAAAUAGCACUUCUUAAACCAUCGGAAAUAUUAACUAUUACACAGUGUGCAGACCUUGGUUUAUUUUCAAUGGAUAAACUACAGAGUGUCUGGUACAACAUAAUUUCAAAUCUCACAAAUUUAACCUAUAAUAUACAAAUUAAUGAGCACAAAAGUGAUGUUUAUUGUAUUGAGUAUGAGAAUUCUCUCAAUUGUCAGGCUAAUUAUUUGCAAACAAGUUAUUAUGAUAAAUAUCGUGUUGAUGUUGGCCUAUGCGGCGAGAGGAUUGUAUAUAAAUAUCUAGUCGAGAAAUAUGGCACAAGUGUUAAGUGGUUAAAUGAGAGUGGUGAACAAGGAUUGCCAUAUGAUAUAACAUUUUUUAAGGACGGAGUUGAGAAGUUUGUGGAAGUUAAAUCAUCGAGUUCUGGCGCUAAAAAAGUGUUCGAAAUUUCCCAUCACGAGUGGCUAUUCGCUCAGAUAAAGAGUGAAGAUUUCAUAAUAUAUCGUGUUAAUGCAGUCAAAUCGGAGAACCCGCUCAUUACUAUUUUACCAAAUCCAUACUAUUUAUGGAAAAGUAAAAAAAUCGCAUUUUGUUUAUCGUUGUAA